UUACGCUAAGUGAACGCAUCCAUUUUAAUUUAUAAAACAGAUGGAAAGGACUAAAGUAAUUCUUUUCCGUUGAAAUUUCUCUUACUGGCAUUCCAAAGGAGACUUUUUGUGUGUUUUAAAAGCCUCUGUGGAUGCAGGGGGCGGAAACGUUUGGAAACGAUGGACGAAAUGAUUCGCGGGCCCCCCCCACCCCGCCCCUGAAGACAGGCCUGGACUCGGGAUGGGACAGGCCUUCUCCGUCUGCCCGUCCGCUCUCUCUGCUGCCCGUGGGCCGGCUCCUCCUGGGUUCUACUGGCCCCAGUGCCUCCUUUGCAGAUGAGCUGUGGUCUCGCUUCUCGUUUUGCAGCUCCUUCCAGAAAGCUCUGGUAAACACCUGCUCCACCCAGGGCCCAGAGGGCUACCUAUUGGAGAGGCCCAGGAUGCCCUCAGGCCUGGGGUCCUGGGUCCGCUCCCGCACCACACGUGGGGAGACCGGCUCUUCCCCAGGCUCCGACCUUGGCUCCAGGCCACGCCCUGAGCAGGGCCGCCGGCUAUGGCGCUGGGCUGACCAUGGCGGUACCCGCCCCCAGACCAGAGCAGCUGCAGGGCCUCUGACCCGGCUCCCUCUUGCCUGGGGCUGGGGCUCCCCCCUACUGACCCCCGGGGCAGGACUUUGUGAUGCGACAAACAGGCCAGCCUGUCCCUCACUCUCCUGUUGCUACAUCCAAGCUGAGGGGAGGGGAGCCCGGAGGAAGACCAGCUCUACUGCCCCUCCCCAGCGGCACCGGCCACCUGUCACCCUGCAGCACCCAGCCUGUUCGUCACCAGUUUACGCAUCCAAACACACUGGAAGUUCCAGACCGGAGCCCUGGGAUGGGGAAGCGGAGACUGCGAGGCGGCCGGCGAAGGACGCGGCCUGGGCCAGAGGCCAGCUGCCGGCUCCGAGCCCCCCACCAGCCACAGCCAUGAACAACGGGAGAAAGGACCACCUUGGCUCUGGCGGUUCAGAGCCCCUCCCGGUCGUCAUCAUCGGCAACGGUCCGUCGGGCAUCUGCCUGUCGUACCUGCUGUCUGGCUACACCCCCUACGUGAAGCCAGAUGCCGUCCACCCGCACCCGCUGCUCCAGAGGAAGCUGGCCGAGGCGCCGGGGGUCUCCAUCCUGGACCAGGACCUGGAUUACCUGUCCGAAGGCCUCGAAGGCCGGUGCCAAAGCCCCGUGGCCCUGCUGUUUGAUGCCCUCCUGCGCCCAGACACAGACUUCGGGGGAAACAUGGAGUCCGUUCUCACCUGGAAGCACCAGAAGGAACGAGCCAUCGCCCACGUGGUCCUCGGCCGGAACCUGCCUGGGGGGGCCUGGCAUUCCAUCGAAGGCUCCAUGGUGACCCUCAGCCAAGGCCAGUGGAUGGGGCUCCCAGACCUGCAGGUCAAGGAGUGGAUGCGCAGGAAGCGGAGAGGCCUUCGCAACAGCCGGGCCACCGCUGGGGACAUCGCUCACUACUACAGAGACUACGUGACCAAGAAGGGCCUGGGCCACAACUUUGUGUCCGGCGCCGUGGUCACGGCCGUGGAGUGGGGGACACCCGAGUCCGGCGGCUCCGGGGGCCGGGAGCCCAGCCCCCUCUUCCACGUGAGCGGCUUCGUGACCGGCGAGGCCCAGAGCCGGCGGCCCUUCUCCCUGUGCGCCCGCAACGUGGUCCUGGCCACGGGCACGUCGGACAGCCCGGCGCGGCUGGGCGUCCCCGGGGAGGCCCUGCCCUUCGUCCACUACGAGCUGGCGGCCCUGGAGGCGGCCGUGCGGGCGGGCACGGUGACCCCGGCCUCGGAGCCUGUCCUCAUCGUGGGCGCGGGGCUGUCGGCGGCCGACGCGGUCCUGUAUGCCCGCCACUGCGGCAUCCCCGUGAUCCACGCCUUCCGCCGGCCCGUGGACGACCCCGGCCUGGUCUUCAACCAGCUGCCCAAGAUGCUGUACCCCGAGUACCACAAGGUGCACCAGAUGAUGCGCGAGCAGUCCAUCCUGUCCCCCAGCCCCUACGCGGGCUACCGCAGCCUCCCCGAGCACCGGCUGCUGCUCUUCAAGGCCGACCGCCAGGCCAUAUUCCAGGACCGCGACGGCCUCCAGAAAGUCUUCGGGGUCGCCCUGGUGCUGGUCCUCAUCGGCUCUCACCCCGACCUCUCCUUCCUCCCCGGGGCGGGUGCUGACUUGGCCCUGGACCCCGACCAGCCGCUGAGCGCCAAAAGGAACCCCAUCGACGUGGACCCCUUCACCUACCAGAGCACCCGCCGGGAGGGCCUGUAUGCCGUGGGGCCGCUGGCUGGGGACAAUUUCGUGCGGUUCGUGCAGGGCGGGGCCCUGGCGGUGGCCAGCUCCCUGCUGCGGAAGGAGGCCGGGAAGCCACCCUAGCACCCGGCCUGGCGUCCUCGGCCCCAGGCCCUAAAGAGGAAGGGAGAUUACACUGCCCUGCUAGACGCCCCAGUGAGCGGGAUGGGGGGGCCUCCCCUGGCGGGAGACAGGAGGGGCCGCGAGCCUGCGCAGCGGGCCUCUCGGAGGAAGAUGAGUGGGGAGCCCGGGCGGCCUGCACACAGAGCAGUGCCCAGGGCGGGAAUGCAGGCUGCAGGCCAGCGUAGGCUGCGAUUUGGGGUGCGAGCUGCUGGUGCGAGCGGGGGUCACGGGGCCAGCUGAGCGCUGAGCCAGGAGGACCGCAGGCUCUGCUUCCAGAAUCAGAUCCCAAUAAACCCAGUGCCUGCCUCCA